AUGGCUACUUCGUGUUUUUUGUGUGUAUUCUUGAUUUGUAUAGCUGUAUCCCACGGUUAUCAUUCCAAUAUUGAUUUUAAAUCCAAGAAUGAUUCAAUGUUAAAUAAAAGUACAAAUGAUAUUGGUACAUCCUCGGCAAUCUCCAAUGCAGAAUUUUUCGAUAAGGAAAAAAAAAUAAUUGCACAUAAAAAUGAAAUGACCAAAGAAUGUGUUUUAAAACUAGUGGAUGAUCAAACAAACAAUUUAAAUUUUAAAAACAAUUAUGACCAAAAUAUGGAAUUAACUGAAGAUGAAAUGGUUGAAAUUAUUGGUGAAAAUGUAAGAAACUUUUGCAAAGAUAAAAUCAUUAUUUUAAAUAACUUCGAGAAUAAGCGUUUUAGUAGAUCAAAACGUGCAACAGAUAAGAAACGAUAUCAAGGUCAAACCCAAACUCAAUUUGUUAGUUUUGGUUCAAAAAAUUCUAAUCAAGAAACAAAAAAUGGAUUGGCUGAAGCUUUGUCACAACCUGAUUUAUCGAGGGCAACAGUCAGUGGUUUGAAUGGUAUGGGACAAGCUCAAAGUCAGUCAAGCUUUGGGGAAUGUGAUGAAUGUUCUGGACAGGAUUAUAAAACCCAUUCAACACACGUGGACAAUUCUCAUCUGGUACAUUUUCCAUCACUUCGACCUAUAAAUUCUGUUCUUCAAAAUGAAAAUUCAAGACCAUAUAGUGUAUCAAAUACAAAUAAGCAGGCACCAGGCUUACAAAAUGAAGAAAAUCAAGGAGAACAUUCUAUCAAUGGUCAAUAUCCAGGUUCAAGAAUAAACGAUAAAUUACCUGGUAAUCAAGCUCAUGGAUAUGGUGUCAGACCUUUAGUCGAUGGUCAGUAUCAAGUGUCAGGCACAAACAAUAAAUUGCCAGGUAACCAAGACCAAGGAUAUGGUAUAACUCCAUCUAUCGAUGGUCAACAUCCAAGUUCAGAAACAAACAAUAAAUUACCGGGUAACCUAAAUCAAGGAUAUGGUGUCAGACCUUUAGUCGAUGGUCAGUAUCAAGGGUCAGGCACAAACAAUAAAUUGCCAGGUAACCAAGACCAAGGAUAUGGUAUAACUCCAUCUAUCGAUAGUCAACAUCCAAGUUCAGGAAUAAACGAUAAAUUACCUGGUAAUCAAGCUCAUGGAUAUGGUGUCAGGCCAUAUGGUGAUGGUCAAUAUCGAGGAUCAGGAACAAACAAUAAAUUACCAGGAAACCAAUAUCAAGGAUAUGGUAUAACUCCGUCUAUCGAUGGUCAAUAUACAAGUUUGGGAACAAACAAUAAAUUACCGGGUAACCAAAAUCAAGGAUAUGAUAUCAAUCCGUCUAUCGUCGGUCAAUAUCCGGGCUUAGGAAUAAACCAUAAUUUACCGGGAAAUCAAGAUCAAAGAUAUGGUAAUGUACAGAGUUUUCAUGGCCAAUAUCCAGGUAAAAACCAAGGUUCAGAAUCAAAUAAUACUACAGAACUGGGUAAUAUAGACUCAGGACGUGUAUAUAGUUCUGCAAAUGAACAGAAUCCAAAUUUAGCUAAUAUGAAUUCACCUGAAUACAAAAAACCUUUAAACAAUGAUGCCGUUAACCCAAACACAUAUUCCAUUAAUUCUAGUCCAUUUAAUCCUAGUAGCUGGGACUAUCCAAAUAAAAUCGAUAGUAACAAUCCUAAUGUAGAUCAGCAAAUAAAUCAGUCAGGCUUUCCUAAUAUUCCUUCAGGGUUAGGUCAUGGAAUAUUGACUCCACAUAACACACCUAAUUCCGAAUGGACGCGUCCUAGUUACAAUCCGCAAGUUCCAGUAACAACUUCAAUAGGACAUCAAAAUAAACCAUCAAAUUAUCCAUCUAUUCUUAUACCUAACUAUCAACAACAAAUGCCAAAUGUUUUAGGUCAAUUGACACCAAAUAGGCCUAUUUCAAGUGAUACGAACUCACAAAACGAGCAAAGGAUUAAAAACGAAGUUGCUGGAACUAUACACAAUGGAUAUCCGUUGUCUUCAAAUAUACAUGGAGGCCAAGAUUAUACCACACUAAAUUUACCUUCGCUAUGCAAUUUCUUAUACCAGACAUGUCUUAAUGCAUUGUCGAAUAAUAAAAGACUAAAUGAAUUUCAAAUAACUAAUUCACAAAAUAACGAAAGAAUUCCAAACGAAGGAAAACAAGUUGGUAUUACACAGGUACCUAUCACCGAACAGCAAGGUUACCCUUUAUAUGGAGGAGGAAAUCAAAAUCAAAUACAGCCUAGUUAUGGUCUACCUCAAGAUAAAUUAGGAUCAGGCGUGUCCAGUGUACAACAUACUGGAUACACUCCGUCAGGUGUAAAUCUAAAUCCAAUUCAACCUAGCUAUGGCCAACCUCAAAAUACAUUAAGCUUUGGAGGGUCUGGUAUUCAGCAACCUGGAAACGUUCCAUCUGGGGGAAACAUAAAUCAAAUUCAACCUAAUUAUGACCAGCCUCAAGGUACUUUAGGCUCUGGAGGGCCUCGUUUUCAGCAACCGGGAUACAUUCCAUCGGGGGGAAAUGUAAAUCAGAUUCAACAUGGUAAUGGGCAGCCUCAAGGUACAUUCGGCCCUGUAGGAUCUGGUUAUCAGCAACCUGGAUACGUUCCAUCUGGUGGAAAUGUAAAUCAAAUUCAACCUAGUUAUGGCCAGCCUCAAGGUACAUUAGGCUCUGGAGUAUCUGGUUACCAGCAACCUGGAUACGCUCCAUCUAGCGGAACUGUAAAUCAAAUCCAACCUAGUUAUGGCCAGCCUCAAGGUGCAUUAGGAACAGGAGGUUCUGGUGUUCAGCAACACGGAUACAACCCAUCAAGUGGAAAUAUAAAUCAAAUUCAACCUAGUUAUGGUCAGCCUCAAGGUACAUUAAGCUCAGUAGGGUCUGGUUAUCAGCAACCAGGAUACAUUCCAUCUGGCGGAAAUGUAAAUCCAAUUCAACCUAGUUAUGGCCAGCCUCAAGGUACAUUAGGCUCUGGAGGGUCUGGUGUUCAGCAAUCUGGAAAUGUUCCAUCUGGUGGAAAUAUAAAUCAAAUUCAACCCCAAGGUGCAUUAGGCUCCGGAGGGUCUGGUUAUCAGCAACCUGGAUAUGCUUCUUCGGGUGGAAAUUUAAAUCAAAUUCAACCUAGUUAUGACCAGAAUCAAGGUACAUUAAGCUCUGGAGGGACUGCUUAUCAGCAACCUGGAUAUGUUCCAUCUGGUGGAAAUAUAAAUCAAAUUCAACCUCAAGGUGCAUUAGGCUCCGGAGUGUCUGGUUAUCAGCAACCUGGAUACGCUUCAUCGGGUGGAAAUAUAAAUCAAAUUCAACCUAGUUAUGGACAACCUCAAGGUACAUUAGGCUCUGGAGGAUCUGGCUAUCAGCAAUCUGGUAAUGUUCCAUCUGGUGGAAAUAUAAAUCAAAUUCAACCUAGUUAUGGCCAACCUCAAGGUACAUUGGGCUCUGGGGGGUCUGGUAUUCAACAAUCUGGAAAUGUUCCAUCUAGUGGAAAUAUAAAUCAAAUUCAACCUCAAGGUACAUUAGGCUCCGGAGGGUCUGGUUUUCAACUACCUGGUUACGUUCCAUCGGGUGGAAAUGUAAAUCAAAUGGAACCUAAUAAUGGCCAACCUCAAGGUACGUUAGGCUCUGGAAGGCCUGGUUUUCAGCAACCUGUAUACAAUCCAUCAGGUGGAAAUAUAAAUCAAAUUCAACCUAGUUAUGGCCAACCUCAAUUUACAUUGGGCUCUGGGGGGUCUGGUAUUCAACAACCUGGAAAUGUUCCAUCUAGUGGACAUAUAAAUCAAAUUCAACCCCAAGGUACAUUAGGCUCUGGAGGAUCUGGUUAUGAGCAACCUGGAUACGCUUCAUCGGGUGGAAAUAUAAAUCAAAUUCAACCUAGUUAUGGACAACCUCAAGGUACAUUAGGCUCUGGAGGGUCUGGUGUUCAGCAAUCUGGAAAUGUUCCAUCUGGUAGAAAUAUAAAUCAAAUUCAACCCCAAGGUACAUUAGGCUCUGGAGGAUCUGGCUAUCAGCAAUCUGCUAAUGUUCCAUCUGGUGGAAAUAUAAAUCAAAUUCAACCUAGUUAUGGCCAACCUCAAGGUACAUUGGGCUCUGGGGGGUCUGGUAUUCAACAAUCUGGAAAUGUUCCAUCUAGUGGAAAUGUAAAUCAAAUUCAACCUCAAGGUACAUUAGGCUCCGGAGGGUCUGGUUUUCAACGACCUGGUUACGCUCCAUCUGGUGGAAAUAUAAAUCAAAUUCAACCUAGUUAUGGCCAACCUCAAGGUACAUUAGGCUCCGGAGUGCCUGAUUUUCAGCAACCUGGACAAGCUUCAUCGGGCGGAAAUAUAAAUCAAAUUCAACCUACUUAUGGUCAGCCUCAAGAUACUUUAGGUUCUGGUGGGACUGAUGUCCAGCAACCUGGAUAUAAUUCACCACCUGGAGAACAUAACCGAAAUGGUCUUUCAAGUGUUCAAUCACCUUUAGAUGGAAAAAUAGUACCCCAUAGUUAUCCCGGAUCGUAUGGGGAUAACAGUUUUAGAGAACCAAUUCUUAAGCCAGGAUCAGAAAUGGGAAAUAUUAAUCCAUCACCAAAUCCAAUAAUUGGUGGUCAGUUUGGAACAGAUAUAUCAUCUGGAGGUUCUGUGACUCCUAUUGACACUGAAGGAGGAGAUGCACAAUCAAUGACUAAUGUAGAUGUUGAUGGCCAAGAAACAAGAGCGUCGGCUUCAGCUCAAGGAAGGUCCAAAACAGGUAUGAGCCAGACUCAAGUAUCUGGAUCAUAUUUAGGAACAGGAACAUUUUCUGCUCAAGCUCAAACAAGCGAUAGCGAUAAAGGAGCUCAAAGCCAAAUUGUAAGUAAUACAAAUGGUACAACAAGUACAGCUCAAGGAAAAGGUGGAAGGGGACAAGCACAAUCCCAAGUUCUUUAUAAUGCAGAUAACGGCAUUGCCCUAGGUGAAGCACAAAGCUCAGGAAUUAACUAUGGGACAAACACUCAAUUGCAAGCUGGUAUAAAAGGAGGAGUGGCAGAUGCACAAUCAACUGGCCCAGGAAGUACUUCCAGCCAGGCUCAAAUAGGUUUCUUACCACAUGAGUCCAACAACAGCACUAAUCAAAAGUCAUUAUUUAAAGGUAGUGGUGCAACUUCCGCUCAAGGUGGAUCAUAUAGUGGUCAAUCGCAAAGUCAACUGUUUGGGUCAUAUAAGCAUGGAAUUUCAUACAACGGUGCUGCUCAAGCAAGUACUGGUAAAAAACUUCAAAACUUACCAAAAUUAAAUUUGGCUGAUGCCAAGUUAAAAAUUGGGCAACUAGAAGGAUCUAAUAAUGAAGUUAAAAAUCAAACUAAUGCACUCCCGGAAGUACAGCCUAUUCCAAAUGUAUUACAAUCUCAAAAUCAAGUAGAAAAUUCCAAUGUUGAUAACCAAAAACAGCAAAAUAUAUCUUCAACACAGACUCCAUCUAUUUUACCACAAGAAUCUUCUAAGAAUAUUGAUGUUUAUCCUGAAUACGAAGAUAAUGAUGAGUAUGAUGAAGAUAGUGAUGAAACUGUAAAUACAAAAUCAGUACAAACAAAAAAAGAAACAAUUCCAAAGCAAGAGCAAAAUAUUAUUUUAAAAUUAGACGACAAACAUGAUGCCCAAAUUACUCGUGAUUCUGAUAGUCAGCUGAAAUCUGGACAAGUAUUAGAUGCUGGUCAAGUUAUACCAGGGACUAACGGAACUAAAAUACCAAAUGGAUUUAGAGGAAGAGUAGCUUCAGUAGCUGGAGACCAUACCGAAGCUAAAGCCAUUCCGGGAGGUCAAGCUCAAACUCAAACGGUAUUCUUAACACCCGGAGUAGGUAGUUUAACGGUGGUAGACAAAACAAAAUUAAGAGCGCAGUUAAAUAAAGAAUCAUAUGUUAAGCCAAUUAAAAGUUUCAAAACUGAAAUUAAUGGAGGAAUAGGCAAAUUUCAACCAGAUGAAAAGAAUGUUCAGUAUUUUACUAAAUCAUCAACUUGUGGUUACUUUUCAUUUUCGUGUAACUAUGUAAAUGGAGCAAAAGAUGGGCCUAAGAUAUGUAAGCCAAAUCCACCACCUUUCCCAUGCCAGAGAACUAAUAAUUAA